AGGUGAAAAGAUAUUAGGCAUUUUAAAAAUAACUACGCAGUGUGUCGGAGUGGAUGUCACGUCGUCUAGUUCGUACAUCUUCGUGGUGUAAAUUUUAAAGAAAAUCGGGAAAAUUUGUUAACAAAUAGAUCAAUUUAAUAUUCUUUAACGAAAAAGCUCUAUCGCGUGUGCGUAAACAUGGUUUGCCAGAUUUGUUGCUGAGCAAAGGUCGGAAUUUGUGUUCGGUGAAAUCGUAUUUGGUGCAUAGAUAAUGCAAGUGAGUGUAAGAAAAUAAACGAAGGCUUGGAUAAAAUUAAAGCUUUAAAAUUCCUUGAAGGGUUUAGAUAUUAAAAAAAGAAAUAUUUAAAGUUCAAGAAGUGAAAUAUUUUAGGCUGAUAAAAGCUAAACUGAAAUGCAGUUAUGAAGUGAAAAAUAUAUAGAGUGAAAUUUUCAUUUUUUUAAUUUUUAUUGCUAUUUUUUUUUUCUCUUUUGCGCUGUCAUCACCAUUUUGACAAGUCUCCCAUGCUUUGAAAAUAUUGCAUAUGUGUUGGAAUGGCGUGGUGUUAAUUUCUUUGUGUGUGGUAAGGUGGUGAAUUCGUUUACAAACGGCUGCCAUCUGACAAAAGCGACAAAGCGAAAAAUAGGCGCGUGUAGCUUGUAAUUAAAACUAUUGAGAUAAUUAAAAUAGAUAUACUUUUCGUGAAAAUAAAUAUUUAUAUUUUAUAGCCUUUAGUUUUGUGAGAAAUCGGUGCCCCGGACAUAAAGUUAAAUCGUAAGAAGCGCCAAGAAAAGCAAGUAUCGUUGCUAAAUUCUAAAUAUUGAUACUGCGGGCAUGAAUGUAUGGAUUAACUUCGCAAAUAAUUAAAGAUUACUGGAAGUUUUGAAAAAAUGGGAACAACUCCAAAAGCGCUAACAACAACAAAUACUUUUAUAAAAUCAGUGGCAACUAAUACAGUAUUUGCCUCGCAAAAGUACGCGUCAAGUUGACCGCAACUAUUAAAAAUAUUUCAACGCGGUAGCGUAAUACCCCUCCCACCGUAUUUUCUUCUUUUGAAUAUUACCAAAAAAUCUUUUUUUCAUCGAAAACUGAAACAUGAUUCUCUUUAUUUUCCCAACAUUUAUAAGCUCGUUGUGAAGUAAAUCAAUCGUGGAAGAUUUUAUGUAUGUACAUAUUUUCAGUGCGACUAGCUUGCCAUACGGAAAAUAACCAUCGAUUGUCAAAAAGUUGAACACGAUUAAAUGUCACAAUUGAAAAAAAUAAAUUCAUAAAAACUUUAAACCAUAAAUUCAAACCAAUUUACUUAAAACUUAGAAACUGAAAAUCUUUCCAAUAUACAAGUAAACAAACACAUUACAACCGCAUAUUUUACAAGGUGUUUGGCGCAAUGAGUCGUUAUUAUACCAACAAUACGGGUGGUAGCAGUACCAAAGCCCUGAAUUUAACCGCCAGUGCCACUGUUAAAAAGAUGGGCACACGACGACAAGCUGAGCAUGAAAGCGGUUUUUAUGAACAGAGUACGGAUGAUACACAUUUCACUGGUGGUGGUGGUGGUGGUGGCAAGCGUAACCGCCAAUCUUCUGCCGAGCAUCACAUGAAUGGUGGACGAAGCAAGCGUCAGAAAGUAAACAUGGGUAUUGCGAAUUCCACAACGCAGCCAGUUGGCGCUCAUAUGACUGUACAUAGUCAAAGCAAGUACACAAGACAGGGUGCAAUUACAACUAAUAACAAACAAGAUCAACGCAACCAAUACUACAUCAAUAACAAUAACAAUGGGAGCAAACGUUAUGCACAACCUCAAAUGCCUCAACAACAACAACAACAAUCGCAACAUCAACAAGUCAGUAGCUCGACGUCAAAUAAAAAGACAACAGCUAGUAACAACAAUAAUAAUAAUAUUAGUAAUAAUAAAAAUAAUUACUAUGUGCAACUUACUGCAAAGAUGAAUGCAUUACCAGUGGCCGAGACUAUCGAAGUGCCCGACAGCAGUGAUAGCGAUAACGAUGACAAGGCUAAUAGAAAAGCUAAUGGCGGGGGCGCCAGUAGUGGAAUGCCAACACUUAUUGUUAGUGGCAGUAGUAGCUGUAACAGUAAUAGUCAAUUGACUGCCUCCCAUUCACAACAACAGCACCUUCAGAACAAAUACAAAUAUGAACAACAACACCACCAACAGCAACAACAACAACAAAUGAGCGUCAAUGGUGCAAGUAGCAGUGGUCAGGUGUCAAGUAAAAAUAGGGAAAGCAAUCGCAAAGCCGAACUCGCUAACGGUAACAACAAUGCGGAAUUAGAACGUAUGCAACGUGAAAUUGAAGAUGUUACACAGGUCCACACCAAAUGUACAGCAACGGAAGAGGAAAAAGUGAAUUUGUCACAUUUCAAGCUGAUACGUGUACUCGGAACUGGGGCUUACGGUAAAGUGUUUCUCGUACGUAAGAUUGGUGGCGACGAUGAUAUGACAUUGUAUGCCAUGAAGGUGUUAAAGAAGGAUACAGUGGUGCAGAAAAAGAAGACAGCCGAACAUACCACAACCGAACGACAAGUUCUCGAGGCUAUACAACAAAGUCCAUUCCUAGUUGGCAUGCAUUAUGCAUUCCAAACGGAUUCGAAAUUAUAUUUAAUUUUGGAUUACGUCAGUGGCGGCGAACUCUUUACGCAUCUCUAUACGGCCGAGCAUUUUUCGGUGGCAACCGUACGCAUUUACAUUGCCGAAGUGGUGCUUGCUUUGGAGCAUCUGCACAAAUUGGGUAUCAUAUACCGUGAUAUAAAACUCGAAAACAUUUUACUAGAUGGACAGGGACACAUAGUGUUGGCCGAUUUUGGUUUAUCAAAGAUAUUCGAACCCGAUUCGGAUCAUCGUGCGCACAGCUUCUGUGGCACAUUAGAAUACAUGGCACCAGAAAUCAUACGCGCUGGUGCUACUGGACAUGAUCUCGCUGCCGAUUGGUGGUCUGUGGGUGUGCUCACAUAUGAAUUGCUCACUGGCGCCUCGCCUUUUACCGUUGUCGAACAACAAAACUCUCAAGUCGACAUUUCACGUCGCAUACAAAAAGUCGACCCAGUGCUGCCAGCCACAUUGAAUGAUACAGUCAAAGACUUUAUACUGAAAAUGCUACAUAAGGAUCCCAAGAAGCGUUUAGGCGGUAACAGUAAAAAUGCUGCCGAAAUCAAAAAGCAUCCCUUCUUCAAAGGUAUCGAUUGGGAUGAGUUGAAGAGUAAAAGACGAAAAGCGCCCUUCAAGCCCAAUCUAGAUAGCGAAGAUGACACACAAAAUUUUAGCGAGGAAUUUACCAAACAACCAGUGAUUGAUUCCCCAGCUCCGGUUCCUGUUAAUACCCAUAGAUUGUUUCGUGGCUACUCAUAUGUGGCGCCGCAACACUUGAAAUCGCGCAAAGCGCUACAAAAGGUCUAUGACGUUGAGUAUUGCAAAGAUCCGUUGAUGAAUCCAACAAAUAGUCCGCCCACGCUUCAAUUAGGUGGCGUUUUGAGCUAUGGCAGCUUCGGCAGCUGCUAUACACUAACUGACACCGAAAAGCAUUGUAAUUACGUGGCUAAAGUGGUGUCUGAAAAAUUAUAUCGCCCUGCCGAAGUAGAUGCCUUGAGAUCGUGUAAUCAUCGGAAUAUCUGUAAAUAUAUUGAUACAUACCGAAAUGGCUCGAAUAUUUGGAUUGUGAUGGAACAUGUGGCUGGCGGUGAAUUGCAAAAGUUGGUACAUGCGUCUGGCGGUCUCUCUGAGUCACAAUGCUGUGAUAUUUUCCUACAAAUUUGUGAUGCUGUGCAAUAUUUGCACUCGAAGAAUUUCAUACAUGGCGAUAUAAAACCGGAAAAUAUAUUAUUUACCGAUACGCAAAUGAGACGUAUCAAAUUGGUCGAUUUCGGCUCUGCCAGCUACAACUCCAAGGCCGACACUUGGCAAGAUGUGCCCCGUUAUACACUCGACUAUGCACCGCCAGAAAGUCUUGCAGAUCCACAAUGCACAACGUACUCCAAAGCCUAUGACGUGUGGUGUCUCGGCGCAACACUAUACGCCAUGUAUAUGGGCCAUCCUCCGUUCAGGCGCAGUCAGAAUGAGCAAAUUCAUGACCGUGUCGUGAGGCAGCGUAUAAUGGAUGGUGAAAUGCAAACUAAAUCGUCGCGUUGGAAGAAUGCCAAACUUGCAAUGAGGCAACUAAUUGUAGAUUUCUGUUUGCAACGGGAAUCCGUGAAGCGUGCGUCUAUCGAAGGAUUGCUGGGACAUCAGUUUUUGUUCGCGAAAUUCGAUGAAUUACAAAAGGUGCUGUGCCGCUUGAAUCGCCAACGAUCAGAAGAAGUUGAACACUCUGCUGAUGAGGAGGAUGAUGCUGAGGAAGUGGUUGCCACAGAAAGAGAUGAGGAUGUGGCGGUAGCCGAGCUGACGGAAGAAUGCGCCGUCGUGACGAAUGUAGAUGAACUCGUAGACUAUGAUAUGAGCGUAGAUGGUGCUGAUGCAAAUGUUGUGUAUGAAAAUGUGGAGGGUGUUAGUGCUGAACGAAAUGAAAUGGUUGAGACGGAGAAGGAAGUAGCAGGCGAAAUAGGAGAACAGCAACCAGCGGUGCUGGAAGCCGAUGAACUAGACAACUAUAAUGAAUGGCAGCAACAGCAGGCACAACAACAAGCCAACUCAUCGCACGAAUCCGAUACACAAUCGACACACAACCGUCUCGAGUCUGAAGGCGACACAACCAGCGGCCUCGGACGCAGUAAAUCCUCUGACCACACACUGAUCGAACGCCAAACAUUAAGUGUAAAUAGUUUGAAUGGACUAGAAGCAAGUGGAGAACCAAUUGAGAGCGGUGAACUCAUUGAACUUGAGUGUGUUACUAGCGAAAAGACUGUAAGCGCCGACGAACUGAACGAUAGCAUGAUAGAGGAUGAAGUGGAAGUGAAUGGAUUUGCUGGUUUCGAUGAGGACGAAAUUAUUGAACGUAAAAUGAACUAUAUUGAUAUACUAUUAGCACAGAUUGAGCAAAAUAAAAUUGCUGCAGUUGAUAUUGACGAGGAUCAAUCAACAGAAAAUGUGGCAGCACCAAUGAAGACUGAACCAGUCCUUGAAAAGACAAAAGGAGAUAUAAGUGCAAUUAAGAAGAACGCUGGUACUAAAGCUAAGAAAGCGUUUAGUGAACUGAAAACUAAUUAUAUGGCUAACGAAACCAAUAAGACGAAUAAUAAUGAAAUCGGCAAAACGUUGGAGACAAAUGAACAAACACAAGAUCUACGUACGAAUAAUACAAUAAAGCAGCGAAAUGUAAAACAAUUGCGUACGCGUAAGCAAUUGGCAAAUAAGAAAACUAAGACUGGCGCUAUGAGUAAAGAAGCAGCAUUGGACACAGUAAAACAGGAAAGUGAGUUAGAAUUAAUGCCAAACACUGACGUUGCAGAAGAGAAUAUGCGUGCUGAAAAAGACAGUAUAAGUAGCAAACCUGAGUUGACAUUAGCAGCCGAAUCGAAAACCAUACGAUCACGCCGCAACCGACGUAGUAUACGCAUGCCCACAUACGAUGAUGAAAACAACUGGCUCGGUGUGUCAACGCAAAUGCGUGCGAAAUAUGCACAACGCUUCAAAGCACGUUAUCGCUUUUUCACGCUUUUGCUAUUUAGCACACAAAAUGCAUUACGCUAUUUCAAAAUCGAACGUCGCUACUAUGAAUAUCAAACACCACAGGCGAGUGAAGCUCAGGAACAAGAAGAGGACACGGCAAACGCUAAUAAUACACAUACACAUGACAUAAAAAGGGAAAACAAUGAAGGCGAAGAAAAUGAUAGGCGUGCCAAUAUCAGUGCGGACACUAAGGAAAUGCUUCCAAAGCAACAAAAUGGCGAAAUCAUUACACCCAUAUCAAAAGCAACCUUCAAGGCCAUGACUAAUACGGAAAGACAGGCGCGACAUAAACACAGCCAAAGUGGGAGUCUGAAUGCCAAGCAUGAAAGUAACAUUAAGGAUGUUGUACCGUCGACAGCGGUGCAUUUAGUACCGGUUGGCACGCUACGAACGUUGCGUCAACGUCACGUAUAUAAAUGAUUGGCGCAUCUUUUGCGCAUUAUGGUGGAACUAGAAUUCAUAGUGGGCUAUAGAUGUGGUGAAAAUUACUACAUAUUUACUUUUCACAUCUUUAUAAGUUAUUUUUGUAAAUUCAGUUAUGCUUUCAUUUAAAAGCCAGCGGGAAUAAUAGGCUAUUGCUGCUUUGCGUGUAACGAAGAAGAGUACAUAUUAAAUGCGUUAAGGACUGUUUUUCUUUUAUAAAAGCUCUAUAAACAUAAGUAUUAUGCAAACGUCAUUUAAAAUGGUUACACGCGUUUUUGUUUAUAUUUUAUUUAACCAGUGGCAUUUGAGUUUUUUUUUUUUUUAAUUAAAAAAUUAUCUUCAAGUUUAAACAAGUUAUGAAAAUUUAUAACAGUUAAUUAAUAAGUUGUAUUGCUGAGAAUUUAAUUGUUAAUUAGUUAUGCGUUCACCACAUUUAGACCAAGGUUGGGAAUUUUUCAAUUCAAAAAUAUAUUUUUGGAUCAAAAAUUAGAACUUUUAUUUUUAAUCCCAAAAUUUAAAAUUUAA